GACUUCCGGGAAAUGAAUUGUGAAUGAAGUUGUGCAGAUUGAAACAUUUGACGAGCGAAUUUGCUAAAAUGUCACGGGGCUCUAGUGCAGGUUUUGAUCGUCACAUCACAAUAUUCUCUCCAGAGGGUAGACUGUACCAAGUUGAGUAUGCUUUCAAGGCCAUAAACCAAGGAGGUCUCACAUCUGUAGCAGUCAGAGGAAAAGACUGUGCAGUGGUAGUUACACAGAAGAAAGUACCGGACAAGCUGUUGGACGCCUCUACUGUCACUCACCUGUUCAGAAUUACAGAGAACAUCGGAUGUGUGAUGUCAGGAAUGACAGCGGACUGUAAAUCGCAGGUGCAGCGGGCCCGUUACGAGGCCUCUAACUGGCAGUACAAGUACGGUUACGAGAUCCCGGUGGACAUGCUGUGUAAGAGGCUAGCCGACAUCUCCCAGGUCUACACACAGAAUGCAGAGAUGAGGCCGCUAGGCUGCUGUAUGAUAGUGAUAGGUGUGGAUGAGGAGAGCUCUCCCCAAGUGUUUAAGUGUGAUCCAGCGGGGUACUUCUGUGGCUUCAAGGCCACUGCUACAGGCGCCAAACAGACAGAGGCAACCAGCUUCCUGGAGAAAAAAGUGAAAAAGAAACACGACUGGACCUUUGAACAAACUAUUGAGACGGCUAUCACAUGUUUGUCGACUGUCCUGUCCAUUGAUUUCAAGCCCUCUGAGCUGGAGGUGGGGGUUGUCACAAUAGAAAACCCCAAGUUCAGGAUUCUGAGUGAGUCUGAGCUGGACUCUCACCUGGUGUCCCUAGCUGAGAGAGACUAAUGCUAAGAACUUUCUCCUUCCUGUCUGAGAGACAAUCAGUGAAGAGAUACUGACGCUAAAAUCUGCUUCUUUCCUGUCUGAGAGCCAAUCAGUAAAGAGAGACUGAGACAGAGACAUGCCUCCUUCCUGUCUUAGAGCCAAUCGGUGAAGAGAACGGGACAAGUAAGCCCCAGAGAUGGAAUUAUGUUACUUUUUGUUUACUGUAUAUUUACCCUGUUCCAUUCAAUAAAUACCUUUUUGGA